AACUUGCUCAUGACAACCAAUACGUGUUCGAGCGACUGAACAGGUUAAUUUAAACUUACCGCACCAUGCUGUGGACGUCAUUCAAGCAUUCUUAUGGGAGUGUUCAUUUAUACUAGAGCAAACAAGAAGCACAACGAUAAGCGAUGCGGGAAUCGUUCUUCAAAAGUAUUUUCAUUUUGUCCAUUUGGAGCGAGAUUUCAAUCAUGUGCGUGCAUUGUCGAAGCUCUUCUAGAAUUCCUGAUGAAUUGAAGAUAGCUGGGCAGAUAAAGCUCUGUUUGAGAACAUGUAACCUCAGCUGGCAAGAAAAUGAAACGGAAAUAUCAAGUAAAGAGGUAAUCUAACAAUUCCUUCACUUUAGCGGUGUUUAUUUUAGUUCAAUGAACAACUAUUUUCAAAGAAUGUUGGCAAAAGCUCCAUGUACGAGAUUUUAACCAUAAUUCGUAGACAAUAUAGUUCAAUAACGAGUGUUAAAAUUUUCAAAAUUUCCAAUUUCGUAUUUUUCUAGAGGAAACUGUCCUUCUCUGCGAACAUCUUUAUAUGCUCAAAGCAUGUCGAUGUGAGACCCUCAUCUGAGCUAGCUCGAUUAUCGGUUCAAAUUUGCCUCCCAUGCAUUUGAAAAAGAUUCAGCCAGAUUAUGAGCUGUUGAUAUGAGAAAACACACUUCCUUUAUUCAGAAAUAAACAAAGAGCGACCUUUCAAGUUUAGUCCCUAACGGGAUGAAAUUCAUUUGAAAAGAACCAGCAGCGGUGGUUUAUUUACUUAGGAAAAACUGGCAAACAAUGACCUGGAUUGGCCCUACUUCUCAUAGGAAGAAAAUAUCAUACAUUUUAAAAGAAAAAAUGUUGAAAAUGACGGUAAUAGAGUCAAACUGAUGAACGGGCAAAUAUCAAAAGACCCUGAGGGCUAAUUACGCGUGAAAAGUUUACCUCUUUGAAAAUAACGUGUGAAUAAUUGGGUCUAGAACAAUCGUAAACGCAAAUUAUUCGACUUAAUCAUUCAGUCCAAUUUCUGCGUUCUAUAUUUCGAAAAAAUGUGAAUUUGUAAAACCUAUUCCACCAUUGGAAAGAAAAAAAAUUAAUAAACCGACCAAAACAAAACAAAAUAGAUUGGAAGAUAAAAAAAGUAACACAAUUGAAGAAUAUUUUGCUUGUACGCAGUAGGGGUACAUCAAGAACUAAAAUGACAAUAUCCGCUGUUAUACUCCCUAUUUUCUAUAUUCCGAAUAUUCCUCUCUCUUUAUUUCCCAACCUCUACAUUUUCCACUUUCUGCAAGCCUACUUUUUUCAUUUUCGACGCUUUUCAUUUUUAAUACUCGGCUAUUUACAAUAUUCGCUCUUUGAACACCGUAGUUACCAUCUAGCCUCCGAUUCAAGAUUGUUUAAGUUUGAGGUUUUUUUAACUAAAAUCAGAAACCCAGAGGAUUAAAAAGGCUUUUUUGAUCCUGAUUUUUGACUACUACUGAAUAAAAAUGCAUCAUAACAAAACAUACCAUCCUAUGCCAUCCCAUACACAUAAAACACCAACACCACUUACUGCUUGGAGAAAACUCUAUUCGAAAUUCAAACAUGCUCAGUCUCAAAUCCAUGAUUUUUUUGUUUCGGUUUAGGACAAUUCACUGUAUGCCUGUAAGAAAUCUAUAGUACAGACUAUUUUCACCUUUCUACGAAUUAACAAUAUUCUCCUGUUUUUCUUUUGUGCAGUCACACGGACGUCAUCAGUGUUGUUACGACAAAUGUCGAGUUUUUGUAUUGAAGAGUAAGUAAAUAAUAAAAAGAAGUGAAAUGAUAGUAUUCUAUCCUGUAUGAGAUGUAGCGGAUAUAACAAAUUUGGCGUGCUAGAUUGAGAGAUAAUGUCGGAAGAGACACGUAAAUAGCUUGAUGUUUUUAUGAUUUAACGUAACGUCAAUCAAUGGUUAAAAUCAGACUCAAUUUAUAGAGGGUAACACCUAAUAGUUAAACAACUAAUACAGCUGUGACUCUCUUAAUGAAUGAUACAUUGUUAGAAUGGAUUUCCUAACACUAGUUUACUAGCUCUGAUCUAACAAGGAAAGUGUGGGUCACCCUUAUAAAGGUGACGCUUACCGAGCUGUCAAUCCUUAACCUUCGUCAUGAUUUUAUACUUAACUAGCGAAUCACGCUAAGCUACGCAGAGCGGAGUUCGCAUACUAAGUAGGUACUUCGCGAUGUUUACGCUUUACAAAAUGACUUCUUAGUCUUACGGUCAAGGUCGCGCGAAACAAAAACUAGAUUUGUAAAAAUUAUAACAACCUUACAAACAGAAUUAAAAUCAUAGCUGAGGAGAUAUCCUAAGAGAAAAUAGUCCUCGAAGACUGUUACAUAACAACAGAAUAAACAGAAAAUUCGAAGAAGAAAAGGCGUACGCAAGGUACCGCCCCUAAAAGAGCUACGUGCUAUUCGUAUAAAUUACCUGAUUAUAAAUUCAGUGUGGAGGAUGAAAAGUACUACAUGCUUACACCUAAAAAGUCACUUCUAAGUAAAAGAGGUGUAGAGCGUGCUAAUUGAUACCUGUAAGAUAAGACCGCCAAAAAGAAUAAGAAAUGAUCAAAUGGCUUAUUAUAAUUUUCACUGAAUGACUUGUGUUAAUAUAUUAUUUCCAUUCAUUUUCCACGGUCAAAUAAGUGAAAAAAACACCUAUAAUGAAAAUUCUUGCUAGAUGCCAAUUUUGUCUUUUAACAAUAUUACAAAUUAAAUGAUAUAUAUAAAAAAUUACAAUGUCAAAACUUCUUUAAAAGUUAAUGUGCAUAUUACCCACAAUAUACGAUCUAAUAUAUUCUGAAGAAAAGGUUAAAACUGUUUCCCUAAUCUGACUUAAUUAAGAUGUUAUACAAAACAUUCGUUGAAAUAUUUAUAGAUGAGGAGGUACGUAUCUUAAGCGGAAGCUGAUUCCAAUAUUUGGAAGUUGUCGCGGUAAAAGUAAUAUCUCCCUCUUUCACUCGAUAUAUCGUAGUUUUUAAGAAAAUGUUGUGAUUGGCGCUCCGUUUGCUUCUACAUGUACUUCACGUGUGGAAUAACUAGUUAAACGAGAGCCGUUGAGAGCUCGAGGAAUUCAGUCAAGUUUACAUACCGAAAAAGGGAAAUCUAUUCACAGCCUCCCACUCUUCCUAAGCUGAAGCCCCCUCCCUUGUACUGUAAUUCCAGAUUUUCUUCGUCCCCGUGUGGAUAACCUGAAACAAUCGCGCGACCAGCAGACGAAGCCACCUUUCAAGAGGCAAAAACGAGGUAACAAAAAACGUUUUCCUCAAACGAUGAUAAGCUGAUUUACUAAUAGCCAAGCAUUACACUUACAUAAUAGCUGGUUACGUUGACUAUAGUUGAUAGAAAUGACUAGAUUGGGACACCAAAAGUUUUUUUAAGUUUAAUUAGAUAGUUCUAUUUUAAAUUUAGUAACAAUGUGUAAAAAAAAAAACAAAAGAUCGCCGAUCGGAUCGCGGUUAAGCCGUUUUUAACACCUUUGUUUUUUUGUAUUUGAAUUUUUCCGGGUUUUCAAUCAGUCCCCGAGUGAUCGUCACAAUCUCAGAGUAAAAGUGGUUUCAAAAAAGGGGGUAAAAGGGGGGAGGUAAACAAAUUGAAAAUGUGUAUUAUUCAACGCAUAAAUGUUCAACACACUCAUGGGAAGGUCAUUUGUAGGGAAGGUGAGUGGUUCAACUAAGUUUAACGAAAAGAGCAGAGAAGGUUUGCUUGACUGCAUCAGUGUUUAACUAAAUUCAUCAUACAGAUGAGGCACGUAUCGAGCUGGUUGAUUGACCGUUAAUACGUGCGGUCGCCUUGAGCAUCUUUUUAAGUCCUAUUUUUGGCUACAAUGAGACAAGACCGACAAAGGUUGAUGAGUUAACCUUUGCAUGUUAAGUACGGUCGGAAAGCUCGCACAAAGUGCUGAGAGGGAAAAAGAGGCUGCUAGUAUCGCUGCUAGGCACAAACUAUUGACUAUUUGCGGUUUUCGUCACAAGCUUAGUGUUUUAGCAGAAGUGCAAAGUCGUGGCUUAGUCUAAUGGUCAAUCAACAAUAUCGAUUCGCCCUGCAUUUUAACCAGAAAUAUGGUUCAUUGUGACUCCCCCUGCUUCUUUUGGUUCAAGAGCGUUAUUGACAUUUCAUUAUGGACAAGUCAUUGCAACUUGGAAAUUAUUUUCCCGUGCUCUUCGAAUAAUGGCCAGAUCUUUAUCCUUACAAUUUGUUUGCUAUUUUCGUACAGAAAGUUCCCUGAGCCACCGAGAAGAUAGCUCUGAUAACGGUAAAAUAAAAAUAUGCCUUUUUUGUCACGAGUAGUCCAGUACUGCAGAGUGUUUUCUUUUUUCAACUUUGUUACCACCAUCUUAGUGCUGAGUAUUUGCCUUACUUGAUCACCUUUGGAUUUUAGUUAGUUUGUCUGAUUUCUUUUAAAACCCUUUUUUCUUUCUGUCUCUUUGUACUUGACUUUUCGUUUUGUAUUUUGUUUCCUUGUUUGUUUUUUUCUUUUGGUUUCCUGUCUUUUUUGCGUUCUUGUUUCAGCUGCUUUAGUCCUGUUAUAUUUCUUUGUUUAUAUUUUUCGAAGUGAUUUGACUUGUAAUUGAAAGAAAGCAGAAAAUUAGUUGUUUCCCUUAAAUCUGCUGACUCGGCCUUUAUGGUGCUGUACAAAGCUCGGUAUGAUAAACCGUUACCACCUUCUGUAUCUGGUUUCUCAAAUUUAGGUGAUACUAGUUUGACAGUCAGAGGUAUAGUAAACCUACUCUAACCACUUUAAGAAAACUAAAAAGCGAGUUGUUAACUUACAUUUUGUGCUAAAAAAAAAAUAUAUGUCAUUAAAAGGCAUUUCAGAACUCGGCGUUUCAUUCGUUUUUUGGUGCAGACACAUUUAGCAAGUGCUAUUUGUCAUUUUGAAUGUACCAGUGCUAAAUUCAUCAUCGAGAGUAGAUUUAUUUCAUUUUCUCUAAUGAUUAAUGAAUGGUAUUGUAAUUUUUCAAACAAAGAUUGCUCUUUGGGGUAUACAACGAAUUCCACUUUGAUAAAGCCUAACAUGAAGUUAGUGAGAUUCCAGGAACUUAACAACACAGGAACAUACAUGUUGAACGUGACGUGGAUACCUUUGCAAGGUAUGUAGAGUAACAAUAUAAUGGUGUCACAUGUCAAUCAAGAAAAAUGAUUCCUGCUCGGACAAGACAAAUUAUUUCCAAUUCUGCUUAGCCUUUUCGGCAAGUCUUUUCGAAAACCAGUAAUUAUCCAUUUGCGUUGGUAAAAGGUUGCUUUGUUUGUGCGAGAAAGAUAGUUCGCAUGUGGUCUUUAUUACAGAUGACAAUCUCAUCUGGGAUGGAUACAAAGUGAUGUACCAAGUUGCAAAGGAAAACUUCAAAUGCGUGAACUUGGAUAAGGUAAGAAUUGCUAACAUCUGGGGAUUUAAAUGAUAUUCAUAAUGGCUAGGUUUAAAAUUAGUUCAAACUUUUGCUGAAAAAAGUAUGGAGCAACUGAAAGCUUGCAUUUCUUAGAAUACUUAGAACUUCUUCAAGUUAAUUUAUUAAUUUUACCCUUUCGUAAUUAUGCUUUUAAUCGACUUUUGUACUUGGUUUUGCCUCAAACAUCGGCCGUAGAUGUUAGGUGCGAGGGAAAAGUGUUUUUUGUUUUUAGCAGAGACACAUUGAGGUUAUUCAUUAUUAUGCAACCAUGACAUCUUUUUCAGAAUGUCACGAAUUUUGUGGUAAAGAGUAAUUUGACAAGAGGUGCUAAAUUCUUCUUCUCUGUAAGUGUUUCCAAUUUUAUGUAUUUAACAAAUAAAAAUUGAUGAGGGGAAGAUAAGCUUAGGAACUUUAAAACAAUAUUACGAUCGAUUUCGACAGCAGAAAACUUGAAUUUAGAGCGACGCAGGAAUCUGAGGAGCCCUUUGAAGCGGGAAAGGAAAUGCGUUUUAAGCCCUAUGCAUCCGUUUUACUCUGGUUUUUGCACUUUUAGGCAUAUCAAAUGUAAAGGUUUGAUUGGGGUUUGACAGUGGGACCUAUGAAGCAGCAUUUACGGUUGUUCGAAGGUUUCAUGCUUUUUUUUAAGAAAACAGACUUAAGGCUUGAAGCAUCGACUGUAUAGGCCGAAUACCUUGUGCAAAUUUAAAACUAUUAUGAAUGACAUAUCAUAGCGGAGCUCGCAGAGCGUAGCCCCAUAACUAUACAAAAUAGCAGUAAACCAUCAAGGCGAAAAAAUUUGGAUGUACGACCGUACAAGGUGCUACUUUUAACAUGCAUCAACUAUACCGCGGGCACGCCAACGCCACGGCUUUGUCCAGUAGUCCAGUGGUCAGUGCGUUGGGCUCCAAGUCGGACGAGGGGGGUUCUAUUCCCGGCGGGGGCAAGGCGUUGUGCCCUUGAGACGUACGGGAAAAAAAAUGCGAGCUCCGCUUUUAGGCUUGGCUAAAUCUACAUAUUAGUAGUAUGAAUCCAACUCUGUGGAGUGGUACAGCGUUCACUGAAUCCACUUCAACAAAAGACCCCACUCGGUUCAACAAUAAUGUAAUGUAAUAUCUGUGUUUUUUACCUUUGAUUAUUUUGUGCAGUACCGCACGGGGUUGAUAAUACCUUUGAAGUUUAAUUCUUGUAUGUCUUGGCGCCAAUAUUAGAAAGCCCUUACGAGUAAAUGAGGCAAUUUUAGGAAACUUCCCGAGUAAUCAAGCAAUUUUUAGCAAACGUCCUGUCUAAACGACGGGCGGGUGAAAACAGUACAAAAAAAUCUAGUGGUGGAAAAAUCUUGGCCGAGCGAAGUUCCAGCGCCUGAGAUAGGCAAUUCGACUUGUUAAUUUGUAAAUAGAUUCUGACUUGGGUAGAUUCUCCAUUAUCAAGUUGUAUUCCAAAAUGUCUUAAAACAUUAUUUAAAUUUACUCACUGAUGUCAUAGCUAAGCUCAACCAAAGGGUCACUGUGGCGUGUUCCUGAAUCGCCGAAAAUUUAGUGUGGCAUUGUUGUCUCUUUUUUUUCUUUAAGGUUUUUGCCCGGCCAUUCUAUAUUGACAACCCUGCGGAUUUUGACAUAGGUUAGUUGCCUCUAACCGAGACCGUUUUUGUUUCUUAGCGUAUGGAGACUGCCAAGGGCAUUAAUAAUGUUUGAAUUACAUAUUUCUAAACGAGGAAAGGCUCAACGCGGCUGCCACAUCACACAUCAGUAUGUCCUGUCUCUUCUGUCUAACUCUUUUCUUUCUUUUUUCCUCGUCUAAUUUUGUCCUUUUUUUUUGUGCAGUUUGUCGCAUCCCAUGUAAAGGUGGGUAUUUCGAUGAAAUUUAUAAAUAAAGAUCUAUAUAUAAGUAUUUCUACAUGCGUAUUGUGGUGGUCACUUGAAAUAUGAAACACAACUGUUAAUUUAAAAGUUAAUCGGUUGAUACUAACAGAAUGAAAAUGCGUCGAUCAGUUCGAAGCUUCAAACCCUCCCAUCUGCACCCAAACCCGGGCAACAUUCUCGGGCGUUUGAACUUUUAAAGAUUGGUUCCUUCAAAUUCCCGCUCAACACUGAGUGUUCAGAUGCCCCACCCAAGUGCCGGAACUGAUCAGAGAUGUUUUGUAAAAGAUACGAUCAGCGACCGUGACUUUCUUGUACAUCUUUUCUUCUGUGCAAUCUGCUCACGAGAGCGACUUCGAAAUUCUUUUCCUUUAAACACCUCCAUAUCAAAAUAUAUGUAUUCCGCUAGAAAAAUGACAGUUCCGGUUCAAAUUCCCCACCCCACACAGGAAAAGUUCAAAUUUUCUGCACUUCAGGCACGGACGAUGGUCAAAUGUCCCGUGGGUUGCCUGGGAGGGGGAUGUUGUAGCUUCGAAUUGAUCAGUGCAUAAGCUUUAUCUUUGAAGAUAUGUGCAAUAGUCUAGAACAAUAAAUAUAUCAUAAUUACAUCGUAUCCUUUAUAUCAAUAUGCACGAUAGAGCAUGACUAAGCAUAACAAGGUAAAUAUUGGAACACGCUAAAAUAUUCAGGAGUUGUUUCUAGCCCGCCCACAAAGUUACACUUCUUAUUCAUGGCCAGCUUCUUGGAAAAACAAUAAGCCAGCCUGCAACAUCUGACCACCUUGAUCACACGUAUAAUACUUUAAACGCUUGAAAAAGCUUACCAAAGUUAAUUCAGCAUGUAGAAUCGAGACAGCAUUUUACAUAUUCAGGGUAGAUGUAUAGCCUAUGAUGUUUACCAAGAGAUUAUAAACUAUAAUUAUAUCUUGUGCUUAUUCUGUAAAUGUAUUUUACCCACGUGAUGGUUUUUUAAGUUGUUUAGCAGCCAAUAAUAAUUUUAUGGGCUCUUCAAUUUAAUGUUUUAACUGACAAGUAGGGCUUGGGUCAGAUGCACUUCAUAAGAGUGAAAAAUUUGUGUAUUCAUAGAGGCGAAGCCAAUCAAUCACGAGGCAACUGGCCCUUCUUCGACUCCUGAUUCAGGUUUGUUGCUGGUUUUGUUAGCAGAAACAGUCACUACGAAAGCUUCUCUUUGUAUAAGUAUACAUCUGUAUAUUGGACUUAGCAUUACCCCUUUUAAAGCAAACGCGAAUCGCAACCAAGGAAGAAAGCAGAAAACUUAUUGCCAGCAACCUUCUAACGCACUUUGAAAGGACAGGCGCUCGGUUAUUGCUGUUGGUAUUUUUGUAAUCAUUGUUAUUGGCGACUAUUUUUUUUAAAUCUGUAAAAUUUUGAGUGCCAUUUAAUUGUGACCUCUUCCAGAGGAUAAUCUCUUGCGAGAAAAUCUCGGCUAUCUAGUUUUAAACCAGGUGAUGGUUCACAGUUUUUAAAGAUGUUGAAAUAUUGUAUGACUUUUUCACUUUAAUUAUCUCUUCCUGAUACACAGCUCACGACCCGAAUGCAACAACUCCUAGGAUCCCAGGUCUGUCGAAAAAAGACUUUUAAGAGUAUUUUAUAUACCCUGUUAUAUCUUUUUUUGUUUAUCUGUCGAAGUUGAUUAAGUUUCGAUCUUUGCUCUCUUUAUAUGGACCAAUGGAAAGAUGGGAACUUCAGAAACAAUUACAUAAUAUUAUUGCCAUUUUUUCUUUUUAUAGUUCCAGUCUCGAGUUUUAUCUUCAAAGCACGUGUUCAGAUUAUUAUCUUUCUUGUACUAAAUGUUAUCUCAAGUAAGAAGAGUAUUGUUAGACUGACAAGUGUCGUCGCUCUCACUUAAUUGUGAUUAAACAAAGUUUAUGGUCGUUUGGUUGCAACUCCUUUCGUUACGUUUCAAGAAGCAGCCAUAACGUGGCAGUUUUACAUUAAGUCGGUUUUAUUUUUAUCUAUUUACUUUUUGAUUAUAUAGUUCCUUCUUCAAAGAUCAAUCGAACUUCUUCGUCACCUCCGAAUUCAGGUUAAAGUAAUGACACUUUGUAAAUGAUGAUAUUUCUGUUUAAAUCAAGGUAGAAGUAGAAAGCUCCAUGGCUAAUCGAGGAAUUUCGAUCUUGUUGCGCGGUUCGGGAAAUUUCAGAAGUUUCAGAAAGCUAAUUGCAUGAAUAAUGAUAUUGUUAAAGAAUAGUGAUAGUAAUCCUUAACUUUACGCAACCCCGUGCGAUCAACUUACUUAUUUUCCUAUGGUGCUUUUUACUUUAUAAAAUAAUUCAAAUAGUACGCGCGCUCUGAUUGGCCAUAAAACCAUUUUACAUGAGCGUAUGUAAACACGGUUUUCGUUCCUCUUUCAUUAGUUAUUUUAUAAAAGAAAUGUAAAAUGGUUUCCGUGUUUACUCAAUAAGCUGGAAACCACUCCGCUUCGCGUCGUGGUUUCCUACGCUUAUCUCGUGUUCUCCCAACCUCCCGCGUGUUUACAUCAGGCUAUGUAAACACGGAAACCAUUUUACAUUUCUUCUGUAUACCACGCAAGUUAAUAGUUCUUUUCGCGCGCACUGAUUGGCUGGUUUGGAUGUUAAUAUAGCUAGUGCUAUUCACCUCCGAGCAACCGAUGAGAGAAAAUUGCGCUUCAAGUUUAAUUUCUGACCAUUUUUCGUUAUAUUGAAAAAAAUAAUUUUUUUUUCUGGUGUCUUCUGGGGUAUAUACUAAACCAUUUUCACCUCAGUAUGGGUGAGUAACUGUUAAAUACGGAGAUUAAAAAGAUGUCUUCGUCUCCUCCGACUUCAUGCAGGCAUCAAUAGGGCAGCUCCACGGCUAAUCGAGGGAUUUUGAUCUUGGUGGUGACUCGAGCACUUUCUACAACUUCUGAAAACACGCGUGAUAUCUAUUCCUAAUUUUACUCGGCUCCAUGCGACUACCAAUUCUUAUUUUCAUUUUUUGCUUUAUACAGAGGUCAAUGAAACUUCUACGUCUCCUUUGGCUUCAGGUUUGUCGGAAAAACUUAACACAAUUCUUAAAAUCUUAAUAAAACUUUGUUAACGAUGAUUAUUCUCUUUGAAUCGAGCUAGAAGUAGUAUAAAUCUACGGCUGAUCAAAGGAUUUCAAUCUUGUUGCGCGACUUUGCAACUACAGCAGAUUCUGAAAAAACGCGUGAUGUUUUUUAUUACUUCCCCCGGUUCCAUGCAAUUACCUCAAUUAAUAAGACUUCUUUGUCUCCUCCGACUUCAAGUUUGUCAGAAAAUACUGAACACCAUUCUUAAUAACGCUUUGUUGCCGAUGAUUUUUCUUUAUAAAACGAAGUGGGGCAGCUCCGGUCCACUGCUGAUCGAAGGAUUUCGAUCUUGCUACGCGACACAGACAUAUUGGCAACUGCUGAAAACACGCUUGAUAUAUAAACAAUGGCCUCAUUUGGCGCGAAACUAAAGUGCACAGAUAUUUGUCCGCGGACAUUAUGUGUUCCGAGAUAUUUACAGUUUUCCGAACAUCAUUCUUAAUAACAGUUUUCCAGACACCAUUCUUAAUAACAGUUUUCCGAACGCGAAGCUCGAGGAAAACUGUGAGCUUCGAGGAGCAUAUGAUUAUACGAGCAUAUUUUCGCGCCAAAUGGAGGCUAUUGAAUUGUCUUUGAAUUGUCGUUGAAAUAUUUUGCAACGAGCUGGGGAAAAAAAAUUACAAACACCUUACUGUUUGCUGAGUGAAAUGUUCACUUCUCAGUUCUAAAGUAAGACUUAACGAAUAGGCUAAUAUGUCCUUGUUCUGUAAAAACCAGAAAACGCUUUUCUUCCCUUGGAUUUAAUUCUUUACCAACGGCGUGGAAACAAAAAUAUUGUAUGGAUUAUGAUAAUCCUUAAUUAUACUCGGUCCUAUGACACUAUUUACACUUUUUUUUUUACUUUGUUUUGCUUUGUGCAGAGAUGAACAAGACUUCUUCGUAUUCUGCGACUUCAGGUUUGUCAGGAAAUACCAAGCAACAUCCUUAAGACUUUAAUAAAGCUUUGUUUGCAGACAUAAAUCUCUUGUUUGUAAUUGAGUUUUCUAACGAGCUUUUCUGGUAUAUUGAAAAAGUAUUACUCUGUUUAUUUCAAAAGGAUUUUUGUUAAAGCAUGAUUUACCCUGAUUUUAAGAUACCUUUACCUGUUUAAAUCAUACCGAUCAAACUUGAUAUGCGUUAAAAAUUUGCAUCGGACAUUACAUGCAAAGGAACUUUUCGUGCCAGUCGAUGUAGAGCUAUAUUUCAUAGGUGCGAUAAUUGAGUCUUUGAAAUAAAAUCGACGACUGCUGUUUAAUAAUAAAUACAUUUUGCAGAGAAAACGAUUUACAAGCAAUUAUUAGAUUCGUUUGCACUAUUUGGUUCUUCCUUUCAUUCUCCACUAGAAUACUGUGCGAUUCCAAGAUGGAAAAGAAACACUGCCAAGGAUGCUUUCACUGAUAUGCUAUUUCGUCAUCUCUUUCAGGUCAUAAAAAUAAUAUGAUUGCCUAUGUACUUGCAACUGUUACCAUCUCGGUAUUCGUUAUCAUUGUUGCUGCUUUGAUCGUUCACUUGCGCUGCCGUCGACAAAAACCGAAACCAAGGGAACCAUCUGUCUCCUUAACAGGUACAUGUUCAAAUCGCCAACUGUGAUGAUAGAGAUCAAGGGGAUCACUUGCGGUUGACUUCUGUUUUGCGCAGUCAUGCAAUAUGCUCUGACUGUCCGUGUCUGUCCUCUGUCUGUUUGUCUGUCUGUGUCUCUUUUUCUGAUACUUUUUUAAACGAUAAACUAGUGAGCAGCACCGCACGAGCUAAAAUAGUAAAUACUAGAUUUAUUUUCCUGCGCGUUACGCGCGAAAAAGCGUGGAAUAAGGUAUUUUUCAAUGCUCGCGACCAGCUGUUGUAGUCCUAUGAGAAUCGUGCAGGGUCUGGUAUGGUUUUUCCAACAUGUGGGCCGUUAUGUUUAAGAAUUACGCGAAAAUUUUGGGGUCCAAUGUGUUAAUCUUCAUGUCAAGCCCCUGAUGUCACGGUUGUAGUCUUGUAACCAUACAGGGUCUGGCGUGGUAUAUCUUAAUGCUCCCAACCUGGUGAUGCAGCCUCUCACGAAAAGCGUGGGGUCGAAGAUUGUAUUUUCAAUGCUUGCCACCUAGUGUCAUAGUCUUGAGAAAAGCAAGAAGUCUGACAUGGUGUAUUUAACGUUCAGGAGCUGAUAUUGUAGUCUCACGUGAAGACUAUGGGGUCUACACGGAAUUUCAGUGUUGUGGACAUGAUUUUGCAGUUCUGGGCAAAAAGCAUUACUGCUACGUUAAAUUUAAAGUUUUGAAUUUGAUGUUGUGGUCAUGUACACGCGCGUGGGGUCUGAUAUGGUAUAUCAAUGUUCAUGACCUGAUGUUGCAGUCUCGUUGUCUCGAGCUAAAAUCGUGGGGUCUUAUCUUGUAUGUUUCAUGACUGAUUUCGUAGUUUGAGCAGAAAGCUAAUUGCAUGUCAUUCCUUAUUAGCAAUGUCGCUCGUCCGUUCGAACUUUGCCUCUUGAAUCUCUGAUAUUGGUGCCUGAGACUGCUAGUCAAGGAUAAAAUUCUAAGAUUUGGGAAACUAAGAUGGGGGCCUGAGAUGGGAGGUUGGCAUCGGGGGUCUGAAAGGGGGUCCGAGAUGGGGGGUCUGAGAUAGGGGGGUCUAAGAUGGGAGUCUGAGAUGGUAGGAAUGUUCCAAACCCUGCUCUAUCAUUAAUUGAGGAUCAGAUAGCCACUGCCCAAAAUUCGUAAAUAUAGAUGGUGUAAUUUUUCUCGGUUAUUUUGGUUUAGCAUCGUUAAAUUUUAAUUCAUUUCAGCAAGCAUAACUCGUUGUAUAUGAUGCUUUUCAGUGAUUUUGUUGUCAUUCGGCAUUGAGACAAUCUUUUGGCGGAAAAUCAAUAAGAUCUUCCAGCUAGGCUCCUAAUCUCGAUAACCGUGUUAGAGUAAGAUAACUUCAGUCCGGUUACUUCAAUUAAUCGAUAAUAUUAUGAAGGUUUUCUUGCAGGCUACUGUUCAAAGUUGAACCACCAAUGAAAUGGCGGCGCUUUCCACACUUAGUAUUUAUUAAUUGUUUCAGUAUAUCUGCGUUUCUGUUAGUUCUACCGUGCAUGUUUCAUAUCCAAUUAUUUCAUGUUUCAGACAUGCAGUUUGAAUACGAUGCGUUUGUUAUAUACAGCUCCGAAGACGCAGAUUGGGUGGUAAGAACUCUUAUUCCAACUCUUGAGGAGAAGUACGGUUUAAAGUGCUGUGUUCAUUACAGAGAUUUUCUUCUUGGAGUUCCCUUUCGUCAAAAUAUGGUUGACAGCGUUUACAAGUGUAAGAAGAAUAUUGCUGUUGUGUCCACUCACUUUUUCAAUAGUAACUAUUGUGGCACAGAACUAGAUUACGCUCUUCAUCGACUUAUGGAAAAGAAAGAUGACAGCCUCGUAGUAAUCAAACUUGACGAUGUCCAUAAUAAGAAACUACCCAGGGAACUCCGAAAAAGGAGUUACAUAGACUAUCCAAAGUACACUGAUAAAGAAACGUGGGAGAAAAAAUUAGUAAAAAGCUUGACGUCCACCAGAUUUUUAGAAUGGUGA